AUGAAAUGCUGGAAGCGAAAGCACAACAACCCGGCGCGGGGGAGGCAAGCUCGGUUCGGCUGGAUGCCUCCCACUGCUGCUCGGUUCGGCAUGCUGACCCCAGGUCUGGGGAGAGCUCCCCCACGUCUCCCGUCCACUCGCAACUGGUGGCGAUGUUCGACCCUGGCAGAUGCCAGACGCACUGGCACUAAGAUGCAAGCCCCACCCGAGAUGCAUGAUGUUGUUUUGGGGCUGGCGUACAGCCACGAUUCGCCGGGGACAUGGUUGUUGGCUACUUCGGACGGUCUACACUUGCCCGCUGUCCAAGUGCGAGCCGAGCUCGGCACAAUCCCCACCCGUCCCCCACGGGGAAGCAACACCCCUCCACAGCAGAUAGAAAAAAAAAAGAUGAACACUCGCCUAUUGGGAGUAUCCUCGGGAAUAUGCUGUGCCUUUGGUGCCUGCGGAGCUUGUGUGGAUGGCCUCGGCUCGCUUGUGUCCGUGACCCGUACCGAGAUCGCAACAGAGAGCAGAGCCCCCUCGGAUGCGAUCAGCUCCAAAUUGUCAAGGCACUUAACUUGA